AGUUCGUGAAAUCCGUAGGGUUUUCUCGGCUUUGUAAUUUGUAUUGUAAUCGUGGGAUGGAACUGCGAGAGAGUCCACGAUCGCCGGCAGGCGUAAAACAACUCUUUUGGUUUUUCGGCAUAGCCACCACCGUAAAGCUGCUACUAAUCCCAGCCUACCACAGUACUGACCUGGAAGUCCACCGCCACUGGCUUGCCAUUGCCCACUCUCUUCCUCUCAGUCAAUGGUACUACGACGAGACGAGUGAAUGGACCCUCGAUUACCCUCCAUUCUUUGCCUACUUCGAACGCUUCCUCUCCAUUUUUGCUAAUCUAAUUGACCCACGGAUCGUCCAUCUCCAUCACGGCCUCAAUUACAAAGCCGAUUCCGCCAUCUAUUUCCAGAGGAUAUCAGUGAUCAUCUCAGAUUUGUUUCUUCUAUAUGGGGUUCACAUAUCGACUCGAAAUUUGGCUUCUCUAAAGCGGUAUUUGGUAUGGGUGUUUGUGAUUUGGUCUCCGGGACUCCUUAUUGUGGACCAUCUCCAUUUUCAGUACAAUGGGUUUUUGUUUGGCUGGCUGUUGUUGUCGAUCUCAUUUAUAGCGCAAGGAAGGGAUUUAAUGGGUGGCUUUCUGUUUGCUGUGUUGUUGUGCUUUAAGCAUUUGUUUGCAGUGGCGGCUCCUGUUUAUUUUGUUUACUUGCUGAGGCAUUACUGUCGAGGUGGCCUGGUUCGGGGUUUUGCUCGGCUUUCUGUUUUGGGAGCUGUUGUUGUGGCGGUUUUCGCAGCAGCAUAUGGGCCUUUUGUGUAUUAUGGACAGAUACAACAAGUCAUCCGCCGCAUGUUUCCUUUUGGCAGGGGACUCUGCCAUGCUUACUGGGCUCCAAACUUUUGGGUUUUCUAUAUAAUGUUAGAUAAAGGAAUUGCUUUCUUGCUGAGGAAAUUUGGCUUCAAUAUUCCAGCACCAGUAGCUUCAUUUACAGGUGGACUAGUUGGUGAUGCAUCCCCGUUUGCCGUAUUACCUCAGAUAACACCCAUGACAACCUUCAUUAUGGUCCUGCUUGCCUUAUCUCCGUGUCUUUUUAAAACUUGGAGGGAUCCCAGGCCGAGGCUGAUCGCCAGAUCGGUCGCCUAUGCAUACACAUGUGGUUUUCUAUUUGGGUGGCAUGUUCAUGAGAAAGCAUCACUACACAUAUCCAUCCCCCUUGCUCUUGUUGCCGUGGAAAGUUUGGAGGACGCAAAGCAUUUUUUCUUGUUAUCCGUAGUGUCUUGCUACUCGCUCUUUCCCCUUCUAUUCGAAGCCCAAGAAUACCCUAUAAAAGUAUUGCUGUUGCUACUACACACAAUCCUGAUGUGGUUCUGUUUUUGCACACUAUUCCCGAAGAACGUAGCGACGAAGGGCUCUUUGCAGGCUGAUAAGAAGGCCACUCAAUCUGAGUCGAAGGGAAGUUCCAGAACUUCUGCCGUGGAACAAUGGUUCAAGCUCGGUUGGGUCGCAAAGAGUUACCUCUUAGGUGUUGUGGUGGUAGAGAUAUGGGGCCAAUUUUUGCAUCCUUACCUUCUCGGUGAUAAGCUUCCCUUUCUACCACUAAUGUUGAUCUCGAUGUAUUGUGCAAUAGGGAUUUUGUACUCUUGGAUCUGGCAACUGAAACGGAUUAUCAUGUUAUCCUAACUUCACUUUUACUGCCUUAGCUUGCUUCCAUUUUUGUUAUUCUA